UGAUGACACACUUGAACAUGCUAAGUGUUUAACGAAGUAUCUUUAUGGGCAUCAAUGGGUACUCGCUUUGAUGAGAAAGUUCACCAACAAUACGGAAAUUCUUCGUCCAGCAGUCACUAGGAUGCUUGGAAAUUCCAAAGAACGUGAAGAUGCGGAUAUCCAAUUGGACUCAUAUGAUCGUAGACUUGGUAAUUUUGCGGAUCCUUUGGCAAUGAAAACUAGGAAAAGGCGAACACCUUUGGGUUGGUGGUAGCGUUUUGGGUAUCGAACAACUGAGUUGAUGAUGUUUGCCAUACGUGUUCUUGGCCUUACUUGUAGUGCAUCGGGAUGUGAGAGGAAUUGGAGCACAUUCCAAAUGAUUCAUAAAAAAAAGAGGAAUAGACUUGAACACAAAAGGCUAAAUGCUUUAGCAUAUGUGAAGUAUAAUUUGGCUUUAAGCGAGCGAAGUCUUAAAAGAAGUGGGAGGUGUGAUCCAAUUGUUGUAGAAGAAAUUGACUCGGAUGAUGAAUGGAUAACGGAACGAGAAGAUCCCGUUCUUCCCCAAGAUCCUAGACGGGUUGAAGAUGGGUCAUUGUUCAAUGCGGAGGCCGUAAGGAAUGUGCCAAUCCCCAUUUAUGAAGAUAACUCACAAGUUGGAGACCCUAGAGAGCCUUCUCCUCCUCCUCCUCGUGAGCCUACUCCUCUCUGUGAACUUACUCCGCCCCAUGAGCCAACUCAACCUCGAGUUCUUUUUACCUACAAAAGAAAACGCAUUAAUGAGGAAACCUCGAGUCGAAGAAACAAAAUUUUGAAGGAUAAGUCAGAAGAUUCUUUUGAAGACUAUUUGACACACCGUUCAAGUUCAACUAGACUUGGCAAUGAAGAAGAUGAUAUUACCUUUGAUUUGGAUGAAGAGGAUUUGAGUGAAUAAUUUCUUUGUUCGUAUUUUUCUGAGUUAAACUUGUCUGUGACUUCUGCACUUUUGAAUGGCUAUAGAUAUUUUGUUUU